ACAAGUAAUUGCGUGAGACAAAGGCAACCUCGAGCCGAGGUGUCCUCAUGUCAUUCUGAAAUACUCAAGUCACCGCUGAGUUAGGAUGGCAGAAGACCUGGAGUUCCUUGAAGAGAUGUCCUUCUUCCUGGAGAGGCAAGUACUCACGCCGCGCUCAUCACUACGAGAUGGAGAGCUAGAUCAGCUCCGCGGAACCGAAGAACAUAUUCCUGUGUGGAAGACCUUCAGUUUACCAGCUCCAGUCGACUCCAGCGGAUCCGAGAAUGAUAAAGGCACUAGCAGCGACAGCUCGUCCCCCAAGAAGAACAAACGUCAACGCGAUGGCAGUUGCGACGUGCGGCGCCGGAAGUAUCGUCAGCGCUUGAAAGACGAGCGCGAGGAGCUGCGCCAAGAGGCGGCCGAGCUUUCCAAGCAGGUGCAGGAGUUCAUGUUGGAAAAACAAGGCGCCAACACCACCGAGCGAACGGACUUGGUACUAUGCGAUUCGUUCUGGAAGCGAGUCGCCAUACAACAACGUGAGCACCGGCGCUGCGCAGAGAAGGAGAAGACGCGACUCAGUGCCGUUGUGAACGCGCAAGCCGCGUAUCUCGAGAGUCUCGGUAUGACGCUACGUGAAUGUCCGAGUUGGCCUCUGUCGGUGGUAGCUACUGCUGAUUACAACGAAGACCCCGAUACACUCAGCGACCGAAGAUGGCUUCAACUAAAAUCAUCCGACGCUGCGUUGUAUGAGGCUUUUCUGCUGGAGACUCACAGGAGCAACGCUCGAAUGGAGCAGGUAUUCGACGAGUGCGGCAUGGACUCGCUCCCGAUCGACUCGGUCACUUCGCUCCGUCAGCAUCAUCCGAAUGGGGAAGUUGUGUUCAUUCAACAGCAUGACCGACAAGUUUUCCAGGACGUGGUAGAUCCAGACAACACUGUCGCGGCCAAGUUCCGCUUGAAGAAGACUAAGCUGCGGGUCGAGAGCGAGGGCAUCUUCAGCGGUAUAGACGUUGAUGAGUCCGGCUGGGUCCGUAUCCGACCGUACUCAGACGGAUUAAUGGCCGGGGCACUGACGGAGGCGUGCUCGCGCAUUGUUCCAACGCACUUCAUCGCAACUAACGCGGAAGAUGUGACCGUCAAGGCCUUUCAGUGCAUGAUUCACGAAUCGCUCAAGGAUGAUGAACGCGAGUUUAUCAAGUUGAUGAACAAACUACUGCGUGGAAGCACUUGA